UUUCCUCCUGAAUCCCACCCAUCAUUGCUGUGUCACCAGUCCCACCUCUGUACCUGCCUUUCUAAUCUCGUGGCUUUGUCUUUCUGUUUUCUUGCAGCUCUUUUCUCCCAGCCUCAAAAUUUUCUCAUCAUUUUGAGAUGAGUUUGAUGCAGCUGGGUCUCCUGAACUCCGAAACGAGGCGAGGAGAGGAGGGGAGAUGGGAUUAAUUACAGGGAGAUCCAAAAAGCUGUGAAUAAACUGAUAUUCCCAGUAUGAGAAGAGUCACCAGACUUGAUCAGAACCCCUCACUGUACCAACAAGCCAGCUGGAAAAGGUGAACAGCCAAGGUAGAGAAAUUUGCUGCAAAUCCCAUUUUUUUCAGAGUAAUCAGCCAAAAGCUGGAAGCAAGAAGUUGCAGAAGGAUGGCAUGGCACUGGCUGGUUGAUGAGAUGGCAGAUGGGAGUCAGUGGUAAUGAAUGCAAAGCAAUGCACACAAGAGAAAAUAGCACUAACAAAACACACACAGCAGCAACUCUAAAUCAGCUGCUUCCAUUAAGGAAAGAGAUGCUGCAUUCAUUGUGGAUAAUUUUCCAGAAAUGCCUGCUUAGUGAAAGAAGGAAGGAAGUACGAAAGCAAACAGGCUGCUGGGAAGCAUUAAAAUCUUAAAAAAGGAGAAAAUAUCCUCAUAAAUCCAACAUGCACAUGCAUGUUUGAGUGGCCACCUGCACUCCUUGGUAUCUCAUCCUCUCUGAGAAGCAGCAGUGCAAUAAAAAAACUAAAGAAAUCAGAUGUGCUGGGUGAAAAGAGGCAGCUGAAGGGGACCCUGGAAGCAUCAGGCACCCAGAACAGUCCAGAAAAGAUCUAUGAGGGUGAGGGCUGCUAAUAUGCCAAAAUGGCAUUAGAGGGCAGUGCAUGGCAACCUAACUGGAGGUUUUUUGGGGUUGCUGUGAGAAACCACUCUCUGGAACCUCUGAGGAUCAGGAGAACAGAGGGGCUCCCACUCACACAGCUGUCCAUCCUUCAGAAGCUCAGCUGUGAUUCAGAGAAACUGCACACAUGCUUCCAUCAAAAUCAAAUGCAGCGUGGCUUUAUCAUCACUAACAGAAGACCUCUGAAAAGCCAAAAGGAUAAGCCAUGGAGAACCUUUUUUUCUGCAGGUAGAGCCCACAGAUGUUGCCUGAGAUCCAUUGUGACACACCAGACAUCUAUUCCACAGCCAUGGUCCCUCUCUGAUACCUGUCCAGCCACAGAUUUGGGGCUGAGUGCCUGAACAAACCUAUUAAAGUUUCCCCCCUUCUACUGAACUCAGCUGUAGUGAAAUGUGAAAGGGCUCUGGAGCCAGGAGCUCUGAUGUGUCAAACCACUUCCUACACACGAUGGCACGCUCCGCCACAGCGAGCAUCGAGUUUGGUUUCCUGGAUAACAGACUAAUACCUGAACAGAAAGCAGCCUUUGUUCUUUCCCGUGGAGCCAGCAAAACGAUGAUUUGCUGACCAAAGCCCUCUCUGCACACGUGGGUGAUGUUCCCAGACAGCCUCAUCAGGCAGUAAUCAGCUCCUUGGCUUGGUUGGCAACAGCUCAUCACUUCUGAGAAACUUCACCAUCCUCAGAGGUGUGGAGAAAAGAUGUGGACAAGUCCCAUGGAGCUCAAGUGGCUUUUGAUGUGGGUCUUGUUUGGAUUCAUCAAGGGGAAGAAGACAGGUAUUUGCCCACGUCUUCCAAGGCCUGAAUUUGCUGAUGUUAUUGCUGAAAUGUAUCCACCACAGACCAAACUGUAUUAUGAGUGUGACCCUGGCUAUGACAGAGAAGCUGGUGCAUACCUAGGAAUUCAGUGUAAGAGUGAACAGCAGGGUGCUGUUUGGGAAUACCAACUAUUUAAAUGCUUUGAUGAGAAAAAUUUGUUGUCAGUGGCUCCCACGAUGGAGUUAGAACUUACACAGAAGCCAGAAAGAGAACCAAGGAGCCCUGCAGCCCAGAAGCAACAAGACCUUUCAGAGUCCAAACAAAAAGAUUUCUGUGGUCCUCCCAAGACUGUUCCACAUGCCUCCAUAACUCUGCCCCAAAAGCAUUACGUGGGACAAGUCUUACAUUUCAAAUGCCAGACAGGUUAUGAUAAAAGACCCCCCACCUUUGGCAGCAGAACGUGCAAGGAGGUGAACGGCAAAAUCGUCUGGACCCCCCUUGAUAUGAGAUGCACCAAUGACAGCAACCAGUGGCCACCACAGACCAUUGGGCCAGGUUUGACUCUUCUGUCCUCUUUCCCUAUUACUUCAGGGACACUGCCAGUGACAGGUUUUACAGCUAUCUGGUUUGUUCUGCUUAUGAUUCCCACUGCCUUUGUGUGAUUCACCAAGCAGACAAUAAGGGAAGACUUCUCAGGGAAUUGUGGCAUUCAGAUGCAAACUUGUGAAAUUAAUGACUUGCCACAGAAGAAACCAGAAUGUACCAGUGACCCCAAGACCAGCAGUGGCAAAUGAGGAGGAGGCCUGGACACUCAAAUCCAACGUGUGGAGGAGGCAGAAGAUGUUACAGCUUAACUCUUAUGGGGACAGCAUGACUUUCCACCUACAGAGUGCUGGUAGGAGGACCGCACCCCAUCACUGACAGAUGGGGAAGGAGCCCUGCCUAAAACUACUUCCCAAACCCACUUCUCCUCCUCCUACCAUGCAGCAGAUAUAUUUCUAAUAUAACUGCAGCCCCUCCCAAGCCACCUGGAGUACAUAUGGACCAUUCUCCCAAGCACAUGAAAUGGUGCCUCCAUCAUUUCAGCCCACACACCACCCUCCCCACAAACAGAGCAGCUUUGCUGGACACAUUUGCUGAUGUCCCCCUGCCUCUUCCCCACCCAGGUGGGUCAGGCACAAUUUUCUCCUCAAAUUGUUCCCCUUGGAAAUGAAACCCCUUCACCCCCUGCAUUGCAGCUGAAAAUCUGACUGUACUCCUUUAUGGUUCACUAUAUCCAUGCAUUCCUCAUCACUCCCCUCCUCACAAUUAUUUUGGAUUUGUGCCUUCCAUGACAGUUCCUACAUCAUUCCUCCAGCUCAGACAAGGAUGGUGCAGAUCAUGGCAGCUGAUUAAUUUGACAGCUCCUUUCGUAGCUACAGAGCAUGACAGAGCCCAGUGCAGAGGCAUCUGAGGACAGGCUCAAGCACAUAUAAUACUUGACAUGUUCUUGUAUUGUUGGGAAUUUGCAAGGUCUGGAUAUUCUUCUGCCUCUUUUUAGCCAUGCUUAUCUGGGUGAGAUGGGCUUCACCUGUCUGAAUGCAAGUAUCUGUGUCUGAGGAAGGCAGUGGGGAGGAGCAAGUCCCUUUAGAGAGCAGUUUAUGUCACCCUAUUGCCUAGAUAUAUAUAAUAAUAAAUAUA